ACUUUCAUAUAUAAGAACAAAGCUUAGGGAACUAACAUUCAUCAUCAUCAUCACCUUGCACUUUAAUUUUAGUAAGAUGAGGAAAAAAAAAAAAAAAAGGUUGAAACCCCAUAAACAUACGCCAAACAAGAGAUUCAAGAAUCCCAUUAAUCCUAACCACUUUCAUUCUCAUCAAAUCCCAUUAAUUUAUUCCACUUCCUUUCAAAAACAAAAAAGAAAGAAGUUAAGAGAAAGAGAAACGCGUUGCUUCACAGGCAGAGGGCGAGGUCAAUAUGGGCAGAAGAAUCCAUCCAUAUCCGUGCGGGGAAACAGAGCAAGUGGAUGGUAUUGCUGCUGGUGGGUGGCCGGAGAGUUUCGCUGAGCUGCUCGCUCGUCUGCUUGGUAUUGCUGCUGAUGAGUGGCCGGAGAGGUUCGCUGAGCUGCUCGCUCGUGUUUGUGAGCGUUCUGAUGCCCGCCGAGCGCUUGAGGGGAGUCAAACAGCUGGGAGCAGUGGGGACAAGGAAAUCGCGGAGAUGAGGUAAUGGAUGGAGCUGCUGCACGUCUGGCGGGUUUUGCACGAGAAGGCAGGUUGUUCCU